CCGGUCUUCCUGCCAGUCAAGCCCACCACUACGCCCGCGCCGCGACCGCCCACGCAGGCGCCCAUCACCACGUCGCAGCGGGUGUCUCUGCGCCCGGGGACCUGCCAGCCUUCAGCGGGCAGCACAGUGGAAGCAAGUGGGCUGGACUUGUCCUGUGACAUCUACAUCUGGGCACCCCUGGCUGGGACCUGCGCCUUCCUUCUCCUGUCGCUGGUCAUCACCGUCAUCUGCAACCACAGGAACCGAAGACGUGUUUGCAAAUGUCCGAGGCCCGCGGUCAGAGCAGGAGGCAAGCCUAGCCCGUCAGAGAGAUACGUCUAACAUGGAGAUGGGCCCCAUGCACCAGCCACUAC